GUGUGUUAAACAAACUACAUUUUCACAUUUUAUUAAUUUAUCACACCGUCUCCAACUGGAUUUAAAUUUAGAGUCCCCACAACAGGUUGGUUUUUACAACUUAUUUUGGGAGUUGAUUUUGGCAGUUUGGCGGUAGACUUUUACUAGUAAACAUCGAUUUGUUUAACACAUGUAAAUUUUGUGAUUGGUGACUUAGCAACAUGGAUUUAAAAACCACAAGACGAAGAGUUCCCAAAAAAUCAAACCUACAAGCCGAAAGUCAAGAAAUAUCAACAACGAGCUCAAUUAAGAAAGAAUUCAGCGAAAAAGAACUUCAAGACUUGCGAACAGCUUUCGAAUUAUUGGACAGAAAUCAGGAUGGUAGGGUCACAUCCAGAGAAUUUAGAAUAAUGUUAGUCAAUUUAGGCAUUGAAAUUAAAGAAGACGUUGUGGAGGAGAUCAUAAGGAAAGCCAGUCACCAAGGCAAAGAACUGAUAGAUGAAAACGAUUUCUUGACUUUUGUUAAGCAAAUUCAACAGUUACGUCCGGGUUUGAGCGAGGAGGAUCAUCAAAGAGACCUGAAGGCCGCUUUCCAAGUCUUCGACAUGGAUAACGAUGGAUUUAUAACCAGGGAUGAGCUGAGAAUCGCCAUGGAAAUGAUAGGCGAAACCGUUACUGAAGAACAACUUACACAGUUUAUUGUGAUUGCCGACACUGAUAAAGAUGGACGCAUCAACUAUGAAGAAUUUUCAAAGUUGUUAUCGUAAAGACUGAAGUUGGAAAUAAUUGAGAUCCGGCUGUGAGAACUCUUUUGUAUUAGUAAAAUAUGAAAUAAUUUGCACAUACGCAAUUUUUAUAUUUGUUAUUGUACUCCGAAUAAUCGUAGCUUUACUUUAAAAUGAUUUCGAUGGAAACUCAAGAUAAGACUCUGGAAUGAUUAAUCAACCUUUGUACUUAAUUAAAUUAAUUACGCAUAAAAAAUAUGUCUACUAAAAUUGUUUUAAUUAAAUGAAACAAAAUUAAAAUUUUA